AUGAGAGUGCACCCCUCACGCGGCGUCUUUCAGGAGAGAAAGGAAGAAGUAGAAGACUGGAGCCCAUUGGAAAGGCGCCUAGUGGAAAGCGACGGUUAUAGUAACAGCGGAGCGCGACGGAGGAGCUUCUCUUACACAAAAAAACACGGGCAGCUAUUAGUUAAAUACUCAGCCCUGUUAAUCAAAACCAUUCAGUCUUUCUCUCUCUUUUUUUUUUAUAUAUUGCCGCGCAUGCUGCGCCUGUCUUCACGUGUGUGCGGCAGUUACGUGCUGAACCAGCGCGUCAUCGGCGACUGGUGGCAGCCGCGAUACCGCGAGCGCGCGCACAACGCCGCCAAAGAGAAGCUGAACGCUGCAUUGCAGGAAGGCGCCAAUGACGGCCGUUCGCCAUCUCCACCUGGCGAGGCCGACACAGCGGCCAAAGACGACGGCGCUUCUCCAUUGCCUUCGCUGAGCCUGUACGAUGCUAACGCGCUCGUGGCCACCUUCGUAAGUUGUCACAACACCGAAGACUUGAGCGCCACGCUGCAGUACAUCCGAGAGCACCUGGGACAGGAGCUGACUCCUUUUCAUUUCCACGCUCUCUUGCGCAAUUUCAACCACCAUCGAGACAUGCACAAUGCGCUGCAGCUGCUGGAGGUGAUGGUGCAGAGCGGCACCAUGACGCUCGAGACGUACGCGCGCAUGGCAGACUGCAUUCAUGUGCUGUCGCCACCAGACACGCAGGCCCGCAUUCUCCAACUGGUCGGACUGGCGCAAGAAGCAUUCGGCGGCCAGGUGAUGGCUGAAGAGGCCGGCUCGGAAGGGGCCACCACUGCCAUGUACAGCCAUAACGAGGAAGGGCGGCGUGCGCGUGAGGCACAAGAAGCGGCAGUAUCGUCUCCGACAGAAAGCAGCAUGGAGAGGUCCCAUUUCCAAACGCAAAGUGCGCCGCUGCUCUCGUCUCUCCUUCAUCACCUGUCCACUGCCCAACACGCCGACGCAGUCGCCUCGUGCUUCUUGGUGGCGUUGUGGAUAAGUGCCUUGGGCGUGGAGCUGAGUGACUGGGAUGUGCUCAACGUUCUGAGCACGACGGUGAUCCACGCAGAGCAGUUCCCGCGUCUCUGCAUGUUGUUUGGCCACUUCGAGGGCUUUGCCCCGGGCCACGUAAGCGUACAGGCGGUGCUGGACCGGCUUUCGUUGCUGGACGAGGUGAGCUUCAAGGAGCUGUCCGCGGCGACCGAAAGUGCAGGCAGCGGCAGCCACAGCGCAGGUGGUGCCUCUUCUGCGCACGACCAUUUUGUAUCGCUGGUUGCCGCCAUGCGGCGCUCUCUUACCGCCGUGGGCGGCGACGGUGUCUUGACGGCGGUCGUUCCCUUUCCACUUAUGAACGCGCAAACAAACGACAUGGAGGAGCUUCUGUUGAGCGCGCUGCGUCCGCUGAUGCGUGAUGGCGUCGGUGCGCACCGCUACAACGCAGGACACUUGCUGCACGUUCUCAGUCUGGUGAGCAGCACCGCGAGAGAUGACCUAGGAGCCGUGCAGAUGUUGGUCCGUAGCAUUCGUGAGCAGGAGCUGCAGGAGCAAAAGCUUCAGCAGCAGGAUUCUGGUUUCGUUCGGUCAGUAGACGCGGCUACCGUGCCAUCGUCGUCUUCGCCGUCGUCCUCGCAUGUGGGCGUGGAUAAAGCGAAGCGUGACGGCGGCCCUGCUGGUGAGCCCUUCGCCGUCCCGGUGCAGCACCUCCUCGACAUGGCCACCCUUCUGAACCGCACGAGUGCCUCCAUGCUGCGGGAGGUGCAGCAACCUCUUCGCGGUGCCAUACGGCGGUUGGUGGGCGAGUUGCCGGAUGGGCCGAGCGGCGAUGGCGCGGCCGACUCGUGGACGGCCGUCUCAGCGUCCUGCAGUCCGCCCAUCGCCACCGCCCGUGACCUCAUGAAGCUCAGCAACUACGAAACGCAGUUCCUUCGCACCACAGCGGAGGCGCGGGAGGUGCUGCGGCACGCCAUUGACUCCGGCAGCGCCACCAACAGCCACGGUUGGCUGCCGCGCGGCACCCAACUCAUGUUUCUGCAGCUCGCCGAGUUCUGCUGCCGCCACCCCCCUCGCAACCCGAAGCUAACCUCCGCUGGCCUGCAGGAGCGAGCGAAGUGGGCAUGUUACCUGGACGCGCGUGACACGUCGCUGGCCCUCUUCGGCUCAGCGCGGCAGUCUCGUGACUCGAUGAAGCACCUCUUCUACCACGACAACCAACUCCCUGCGCUGCGGUCUGACGCCGUCGUUGCGAAGGACUUCGCCGAUGUGCACCGCAUCUUCUUCGGCUCCACCAUUCCCCCGCCGUCUUCUUCAUGUGCCUCGCAGAUGGAGCUGCAGCAAGCGCUGAUGCGUACACGCACAACGUUGCCGCACACCGGCAGCAGUGAGGCGAGCGUGCCGCGGUAUCUGUGGGACCCCGCGGUGUACAACCCCUACCCGGCAGCGCAGCUUGCGAACAACUCCGCCGAGUUUCGCAACCUCGACGGCAGCGUUCGCGGUGCCUUCACCGCCGCAGAGAUUGAGCAACUCGACCCCGCGCUGGGUGAGGUCGCGAGAGGGGAAGAGGAGGGCGAAGUGACGGACGCCUCGGAGUUCUUUGUGGAGCUGUGGCACGCGCUGCUCGACAAGACCACAUCGGUGGGGAGCAACCCUGUGUGGUAUCUGCAGAACACCGGCAUGUACCUGCUGCUCGUCCGCUGUCUCCUGCAUCGUUUGGAUUGGGAGGCCGCGGUGCACCUCACACGCAAGAUGUCGCAGCACACCGCGUACAAUUACAUGAUGGACCACGAGCUCACCACUAUCUUUCGCGAGAUUGGCGAUCCCGCAGGGUGCUUGGCGUUUAAGGUUGCAACGAAGCUGUUCGAUGGCCGCAUCAUCAAGGACGGACCGACGAAGCGGGAUAGGUUUCACCAAGAGCAGUUUAACUGA